AAAAUGAUAUUCAUCCAGCAUUCCUGAGUAAUAAGAAUGGGUCCAGAUGUACCUCUGCUGAAUGAUUACAAACAGGAGUUCUUCUUGAAGCGCUUUCCACAAACUGUGCUGGGAGGUCCCCGGUUUAAAUUAGGCUAUUGUGCCCCUCCUUACAUAUAUGUGAAUCAGAUUAUUCUUUUCUUGAUACCAUGGGUUUUAGGAGGAGUAGGAACACUUUUGUACCAAUUAGGCAUUAUGAAAGACUACUGUACCGCAGCACUUUCAGGAGGACUGAUGUUUGUUACUGCACUUAUUCUUCAGAUGGCAAAUCUAUAUGCAAAGCAGAAAACAGUGACAGUAGAAAGAAUGCAAAUUCAGAAUACCCUAACAGAUGAAGAUGAGUUUGAAUUUUCCAGCUGUAUAGGUUCAGAGACAGUAAAAUUUAUUAUUCCUGGCAAGAAGUAUAUAAUCAACACCGUAUUUCAUUCCCUUCUGGCAGGGAUAUUGUGUGGGUUAGGAACUUGGUAUUUGCUGCCAAACAGAAUAACGUUGCUGUAUAGCAACAUAGGAGGAACUGUUAUGAUCUUUGUAUUUGGAUGGGUCACUAUAUGUAUAGGAGAGUAUUCAUUAAUCAUAAAUACAGCUACUGAAACAGCUACUUUCCAAGCACUGGAUACUUAUGAAAUCACUGCUCUGAUGAGACCUUUCUACAUUUUUGUCUUUAUUGCAGUGGAUCUUGCACACAGGUUUGCUGUCAACGCACCCAUUCUAGAACAGACAAACCAGAUUUUACACAUUGUAUUUGUCUUUCUGCCAUUCUUAUGGGCAAUGGGAAUUCUGCCCCCGCUUGAUGCACUUUUUCUAUGGGGAAUGGAACAACUGUUGGCGUUCGGACUAGGAGGUUCACCUAUGUCAAGUAACACAAAGUUAUUAGUAAUGUUUCUCAUUUCUGCUGGAACAGCAAUAGCAUCGUAUUUCAUUCCCAGCACUCUCGGUGUGAUCCUCUUCAUGACUGGAUUUGGGUUCAUACUGAGUCUUAACCUAAGCGAGAUUGGUUUUGCCUUCAAACACACCAUGAUCAGCCAUUUAGCCUCCAGCAAAUCUAAAAAUAUGCACAGAGGUCUUAGAAUACAAUUUGGGUGGAGGGAAUUCAUUUUUUAUUUGACUGUGUUGACUUUUGCUCUCAUAGAAGCUAGCCUGCUGCAUCAGUUUGCAGGCUUUUCAUCAUUUUCCAAAGGCAGUCCUCAGGCGAUAGCAAGUUACAUUCUUAUCAUAUUACUUAUAAUUAUGUGGAUUCUUAGAGAGAUUCAGAGAGUGUACUUGUUUGGAGUCUUCCGAAACCCCUAUUAUCCAAAGGAUGUCAGGACUGUGACUGUGUUCAUGGAGAAGCAAAGAAGGCUAAUGAAAGUUGGUGUUGUCAGGAGGAUUUUGCUAACACUAGUGUCUCCGUUUGCUAUGAUAGCAUUCCUGGCACUAGACCGCUCGCUACAGAAUCUUCAUUCUGUGUCUGUUUGCAUUGGAUUCACAAGAAUAUUUAGGAUGGUCUGGCAGAAUACAGAAAAUGCCCUAAUGGACAUAGUGAUUGUGUCAGUAACACAAAUGUUGGUGUUUAAUCCAGACCUCUGGUGGAACAGGAGCCUUGAUACAGGAAUCAGACUCUUGCUGGUUGGCAUCCUACGGGAUCGACUGCUCCAGUUUGUCUCAAAAUUGCAGUUUGCCAUUGCUAUUCUUUUGACAUCGUGGACGGAGAAAAAACAACGCCGUCAAUCUACUGCCACCUUAAUCACACUCAAUGUCGUUUUCUUCCCAAUCCUGCUGACCUUCAUCGCCAUCUCUGCACUUCUUUCUUCUCCCCUGCUGCCGCUCUUCACGCUACCAGUAUUUUUGAUCGGGUUUCCCAGGCCUAUCCGAAGCUGGCCAGGACCUGUGGGCGCUACAGCAUGUGUUUGCUCCGAUACCGUGUACUACCAGCAGAUGGUUCCAGGUCUGGCAGUUGCUCUGCAGUCUGCACUAGCAGCCGGUAGCCUAG